UGUCACUUUCAUGCUGUAUGUUAUAUCUGUAUACUUGGAGCAUACCUUUUUUGUAAUAAUAAGUAUUUAAUCCUUCACAGAAAAGGGAAAUAUUUAUUUUAAAUACUAGUAUGUUAUUAAGUCUUCAGAAUUUGUUUUUUUGUCACUAGCAAAUAGAUAUUGCAGAUAAAUUAAAAUGUGUAUUGAAUUGCAGAAGGACCUGCAUUUUACUCAUUUUGAAGCUCAUAACAAGCUGUUCUUGCCUAGCAAAUAGCAAUACUAAAAGAGUAACAUAGUUAAAAACAGUCACCUUGUAGCAAACCAGAAGGCAAAAAAAAAAAAAAAAGGAAAAAAAUAAUAACCAGUAAUAAAUCCCUCGACACCAACGCACAGUCCUGACCAACACAUGCCCCAUCCCCCUCCCCCCCCUCUCUCUUAUACCCACCAAACUUAUAGUCACUGGCCCAUUGUGUUGCAGGUCAGGGGAGCUCCACUCUCCCAGUAAGAAGAGCGAUGAACUCCAGCACUUCCCGGAGGAGAGCAGCAACCGCUUCUUCUCGGCGGUGUAUGGAAUGGGCUUGAAGAGGUCGAGGGAGAAAGCCAACAAGAACAAGACGUUCGCUAGGAUGUGCUGGAAGAAUGCAGUCCUCAAGGUGCGUGCCCUAGGAGACCCCUGGGAGAAAUUCCACCUGGACACCUACAAGACGGAGAAAGCGCGCCGCCACCGCUACCACGCCCUGAGCCAGACAUGGCACAUAGAUGAGGUCCUGGUCAAGAUGGAGGAUCAGCCUUUCAACAACGGGGCAAUGAGGCAGUGCUUCCGCAUGAAGAAACUGAGCAACUUCAGCCAUCAAGACGACUGGGUGAGGGCACACAAUUACGUGGCAAAGAACUACAUGGACGAGAGUACCCGCAGGUCCACUUAUUUUGAGGAUGUGAAGCUUCAGAUGGAUGCUAAACUCUGGGGUGAAGAAUUUAACCGGCACAACCCACCUAAAAAGGUGGACAUCUUUCAAAUGUCUGUGCUGGAGAUGUUUGAGAGGGAGGGAAGCCCCCUGUUCCACCUGGAGCACUUCAUUGAGGGGAAAUACGUCAAGUACAACUCCAACUCGGGCUUCGUGCGUUCUGAGGCUCUCAGGAUGACUCCCCAGGCCUUUUCACACUUCUCGUUCGAGAGAUCAGGCCACGAGUUGAUUGUGGUUGAUAUCCAGGGUGUUGGCGACCUGUACACAGAUCCCCAGAUUCAUACAGCAAAGGGUGAUGAUUACGGUGAUGGAAAUCUCGGCACACGUGGCAUGGCCCUGUUCCUGCACUCGCACAGGUGCAACACCAUUUGCAAGAGCCUUGGCCUCACCCCCUUUGACCUGGCUCCCUCAGAAAUGAAAGCCAAUGAGCACAAGCUCAACCUGGAGUCAUGUAAGACCGUCGCUCGCGGGACAGAAGAGAUCGUGGUUACUCCAUCGGAAGAGGAAAAAGGGCACAUCCAGGAGUAUAUCCGCAUGCGAUCCUUGUCGCAGGGUUAUGGAUCAGGGGACGAGAAGCCGAGGAUCAAGCUGAACUCCAUUAGCUCCGUUGACUCAUUGGAAAGCGACGACUUCCACAUCAUGUCAGAGAGUGAGGACUCGGCUGUGGAUUCUGCACGUAGGGAGCGCCGUGGCCCGGAUGUGAGGCUGCGGUUUGACUCUACCUGCGACUCUGGGACAGAUACCUUGAACAAGGAGAAGGAGAUGCUGCAGUUCAAGGAGAUGGUGCAGCGUAAGGCACGUCCGUCUCACGUGCUGGGGGAGAUGGAGCACAGGCGGUUGGUGGAGACACUGGAGGAGAACCACAACAAGACCGGUGGCUCCAUUCUUGGGCAGGUACAUUUGGACCUUGCAAAGUACCACGAACUCAGCAGGUUCGUCGAGGAAUCUGAAACAUAUGACCGCGAGGCAGCUAUCUUCCACGUGGACCAAGCUGCCAAGUGCGGCAUCCUUGAGGCCAUCAAGACCAUGGCAAAUCUGCACUUGGGUCUCCAGCAUGAUAUUCUACCAGACAUUGAGCUUGAUGAAAACAGGCAAGAUGCUGAGGCUGGGUUUGAUUACCUGAUCACAGCAGCUGAAGCCAAAGAUCGUGCUGCCAUGAUUCACGUUGCCAAGGCCUAUGAAACAGGUGUAGGACUCCCAUCCACCAGGGAAAAGGAUUGGGUCAAGGCUGUGUACUGGCUGGAGAAAGUGGUGAAUACAAACUCAGAGGAUGAGGAAGGUGAUUUCAACUCCACCCUGGAUGAUCCUUCAUAUCAACUGGUGGCAAAGGAAGCCAUGAUGUAUUGGUCUGGGGGCCAUGGCCUUGCAAAAGACCCAAAUAAAGCUGGAGAACUUUUCAGUUGGGCUGCAGAGCUUGCUACAGAAGCCAUGAAAGGCAAGUUGGCAUCCAAGUACUACAUGCAGGCAGAGGAGGCUUGGGCAGAGUGUGAUGUGGAAGAGUAAGGAGAAGAGGACUUCCAUACAUGAAGAAGUACUUCAGAAUGUAACUCGCAAAAAUGAGGACAAAUGAGUUACUGCCGUGGAGAAUUCUUCAGGUGCUAAAAUGCCAUGUGAUAGUGGGAUCACAGUAGACUAGUUUUUUUUCAUUACUUUUAGGGUUUAUACUUUGCGAAUACUUUUGGCACCAUGUUUACUCCCUCCAUUUCUUGAGGAAAAUGAGCGGAUUACACAGCUAUGGGGAAGCGAUACUUUAUGUUGAAAGUCACGAGGGAUGUUUCACCCUCGUUUUCCUUUCAGAGGCCCCCAUGGUUUCAUUUCCCUUUUUGUCCUCUCUCUUUUUGAUAUAGAAUCCCUGAAUGCUAGUCAUAUGUUAAGUGUUUUUAUGUCUUUUUUUUUUUCUGUCUUUUU